UUGAUGACACACGGAAGAAAGUGAAGGACGAGCUCAGCAGUGCUUUCGAAGGGGGAACAUCUGCAGUCACCUUUACCAGCGACAUGUGGACAUCACGCGCCAACGAGAGUUAUGUGAGCUUCACUUGCCACCUUCUCACUCCAAGUUUUAGGAUGAAGUGGUUCACGCUUAACACUCGCCACAUGGAACUUGUUAGCCACUCCGCCGAAAACAUUGCGCAAAUGCUUGUCGAGAUGUGCGCGGAAUGGGAAAUACCGGAUGGCUGCCGCAAACACAUCGUCACAGAUAACGGACGCAACAUCCGUGCCGCGGUCAGAAGGCUCCCGUGGACUGAGCGUGCGUGUUUCGCCCACACCCUGCAGCUAGCAAUUCACGAUGCAAUCUCCAACACACCGUCAAUUGGCCGUCUGUGCAAGAAAGCGAGGCACAUCGUGGGCCACUAUAAGCACAGCUCGUCUGCGCAAAAGAGAUUAGAUGAGUACCAGAAGAAGAUGGGCAAGGAUCCACUUCGUCUGGUGCAAGAUGUAGAUACGAGGUGGAACAGCCAAUACCUAAUGCUGUCCCGCCUCUUGGAAUUGAAGGAGGCUGUCUCUGUUGAGCUGGCAACGUCAAAUUGCAGCAUUGAUGGUCUCUGCUCAGCAGAAUGGAAAGAGGCUCUUGAAUAUCUGGACGCACUGAAGCCCUUAUAUGAUGCAACUGUGAUAACUAGCGCAGACAAAUACCCAUCACUUUCCACUCAGAUACCAAUUAUUUUUGGUAUGCUAAGUUGCCUCAGCAACUUUUGCGGCACAACAGGCUUUCAUAAGGAACUGGCAAGGUCUCUCAAUACCAGAUUCCCCUUAUAUACCGAGGACAAAGAAGCAUGCUUGGCUAUGUUUUUGGACCCACGCUUCAAGUCAACGGUAUUCAGAAACAACAAACAAAAGUUGGUGUGGCUGAAAGAUCUGGUGCUUCAGGAUGUUGCCCUAUGCCCUGCUGUGGAAGUCGUGCAGCCAACAGCAAAAGUGCAGGAGCCACAACAGUUUGUGCAGCCAUCCUCUGAUGUUUGGAGUGCAUUUGAUAAUCUUGCAAGUAGUCAAGUAGCAAGUACACCACUGUCUACUUCAGAAUGGGAAAUUAAAGCGUAUUCUGAAGAAGCCCUACUGAAGAAAGACAGUGACCCAUGUGACUGGUGGCGGACUGUGGGCACCUUCAGAUACCCCAUUCUGGCAAAGCUUUGCCCCAAGUACUUGCCCAUACCAGCCACUUCAGUUCCAAGCGAGCGUGCCUUUUCAGUAGCAGUGGAGGUUGUCUCUGUUCGGAGGGAGCGCCUCCUGCCUGAUCAUGUGGAGCAACUCAUAUUCCUCCAUGAUAACAUGUAGUCAUU